AGUCUCAAGUCGCCCGCCCUGCCGGCCAGAUGCCGUCGCCGGCAUGGUAGGGCACAACGUAUCAUGGCGCACGGGCACGCGUGGAAGGGCACUGCCGGCGCCAUCCGCAGCGAGAUGCGCGACGCCUGGGCCGCGCUGGAGGCCGCCGCGCGUGCCGAGGAUGCCUCCGCGGCGGAGGGGCACGCGCGGCGACUCCUCGGCGACCAGCUGCCGGACUGGCGGCGCGGGCGCACGCCGCUCAUGGUGCUCCCGGCCAAGGGCCCCACGGAGAUCGCGAGGCAGCUCGUGGAGUCCGGCUCGCGGUCCGACGAGCGGUGCGGCUGGACGGUGCUGAUGGGCACGGCCGCGAUCGGCCCGAUGGAGAUCGCGCGGCUCCUGGUGGAGGCGGGCGCCGACGUGAACGCGACCGACGGCGAGGGGCGCACCGCGCUCAUUCGAAGCGGCGGUGCACGGCCGCGCGGACCUCGCCGGGCUGCUGCUCGCCGCCGGCGCCGACGUGCACGCGGCGGACCACGAGGGCCACACGGCGCUGCUGCUGGCCGCGUUUGACGGCCGGGCGGCCAUCGUGCGGCUGCUGGUCUGCGCGGGCGCGGAGGUCGUGGCGGUGCUCGUGAGCGCGGGCGCGUGCCUCGAUGCCGCCGACGACGACGGGGGGACGGCGCUCACGGACGCGAGCCUCGAGGGCCACGGCGCCAUCGUGCGGCUGCUGGCGGAGGCCGGCGCGGCGGUGCCGAGCCCCUUCGCGGAGCAGCACUGCGGCCUCGGGGAGCCGCCGCGGUGGCUCCUGGCGGCGUAUCGGUGGCAGAUGGGCCUGCCCUGGAAGCUCAUCCGAGGACUGCACAAGAGGGUUCUUCCCGUAAUAGCGCACCGGAUCACGGAGUACCUUGGCAUCCCCUAGGGGGCCGCGCCCAUUCGCAGGGCAGCGCGGCGGCCUCGGGGCGCCGCCGCGGUCGCUCCUGGCGGUCUGUCGGUGGCAAAUGGGCCCGCCGUGGCAGCUCGUCUCGACGAAGUUCCUCUCCUCCCUCUCCUCCUUCCCUCCGACUUGGUGCCCGUGCAGAGUUUGCGAGCCUCGCCGUUUAGCAUAGCCACACGAGUUGACUGUGCUGACCGCCUCUGCUAGCCGCAGCGCCGCCAUCAGCUGACAGGCCAUACGCUUCAUCAGCAGCGCAAUCCAAA